CUAAAAUCUUUCUUCCGCAGCUCCGACUCUUCCUCUUUUCUCUGCUUUCUUUGGUUUUUCUCUUUUUCUGGCGUGCUUCUAAAACACCAAUUCAACCUUUAGACUUUUUUCUCAUUGGAUUCACAGCUGGGCUGUUGAAUUUUUCUUCUUUGUUUCAGUGGGUCUAUCUGUUGUUCCUUCAUGAAAGCUUGGCUUUGCUCUGUUUCUCUCCCUCUGUUCUUCAGAUUCGAUUGAACACCGAAUCAACAUUUCACUACACAGGGGCUUGAAAUGGCGAUAAAGACGAUGGAACUGUUGAAAGGAGGAGGGGUGACAGGGGAGGAGAUAAUGGAGGUUCUGGCGACGGUGGCUGCGGAGUUGGGUGACUCCAUAGAAGAGGCAGAGGAGACGAUGCAGGUUAUACCGCUGAAGGGAGCGAUGACGAACGAGGUGUUUCAGAUCAAGUGGUGGUCCCAAAACGACUGCGUAUUGAGGAGAGUGUUGGUGCGGCUGUACGGAAGAGGAGUAGAGAUUUUCUUCAACCGAGAGGAAGAGAUCAGGACGUUUCAGUGCGUGGCGGAGCGCGGCCAGGGCCCCCGGCUUCUCGCCCGCUUCGCCGCCGGCAGAGUUGAAGAGUUCAUCAACGCCACUACAUUAUCAGCAGCUGACAUCCGUGAUCCAGAAAUAUCUGCUCUCAUUGCAUCGAAGAUGAGAGAGUUUCAUAAGCUUCGUAUGCCUGGUGACCGAAAAGUCCAGAUUUGGCACAAACUUAGGAAAUGGCUUAAUUUGGCAAAAAGUUUAAGUAGCACAAAGGACGCAAAGAAUUUUGGGUUGGAGGAAAUGGAUGAAGAAAUAAACAAGCUAGAGAAUCUGAUAUCUGAUUCUGAAGGACAUCAAGAGAUUGGUUUUUGUCACAAUGACCUCCAAUAUGGUAACAUUAUGAUGGACAAAGACUUCAGAAGCAUCACCAUCAUUGAUUAUGAAUAUGCAAGUUACAAUCCCAUAGCAUAUGACCUAGCAAACCAUUUCUGUGAAAUGACAGCAGAUUAUCACUCUGACACGCCUCAUCUUCUUGACUACACUAAAUAUCCAGAUCUUGAAGAGCGUCAAGGGUUUGUGAAGAUUUAUCUCAGUGCUGAAGGCAAGAAGCCAAGCAAUGCAGAAGUGGAGCAAUUAGUGAACAAUUCAGAGAAGUACACCCUCGCAAAUCACCUGUUUUGGGGAUUAUGGGGACUUAUUUCUAGUUAUGUCAACAAGAUUGACUUUGACUACAAGGAGUAUGCAAGGCAGAGGUUUCAGCAGUACUGGCUUAAAAAGCUUACUUUAUUGGAACGGUGAAGUUGAGCCUAGCAUGCAUUUCAUCAUGAAUAUGAUAUUUUAAGGCAAGAUUUGUAGUGUAAAUCAUGUCAGUAAGUAAUAAUUGUGUUGUGGAUUUUGAUAAUUUUUACUAAUAACUGCCUUUCAAUCCCUCUGUUUUGGGAAUGAGCUAGAGAAUUUGUAGUAAUGUCAUUUUUUCUUUCUCUUUUAUCUAGCAUCCACAUGCAUUAAUUGAUCAUGUGCAGGUGUUAGGAUUACUUAUCAAUUUUUUAUGCGUUUAAAUUUGUCAUUUAAA